CCCCGGCCUCCCGGUCUGCGACUUCUCAGCACUGCCACCCAGAGACUCUUGGGGAUCCCUCCCCUCCCAGGCACCUGGACUGUGCUCUUCAGGUGGUUCAUCUUUGCUGGAUAGUUUUUAAAGUUGAACAAUGAUGGAAGAAAGCGGGAUAGAGACGACGCCCCCUGGUACUCCACCACUCCACCCUGCAGGAGCCGCCACCACCACUCUGUCUUCAUCCCCAGCUCCUCUUGCUACAACCAGUUCAUUUUCUUCUCCAAGUGCAUCGUCCAUGCAGUCUUUGUCUCCACACGCGUUCUCCACUCCACAUCAGGCCCUUCCUCCCGCAGGGCCUGCCCCCCCACUGCCUUUUGUGCCUGCUUCCCCGGUUCCCUCUGGCCCGCCUCUCACUCCUUCUGUGUCACUUCCUGCUGCUCUCCCAGCUCCUGCCUCUGCUGCUGUCAGUACUCCUUCUGCACCCCAGUUCCCCCCGCCCACAUCUGCCCCCAGCACUCUUUUAUCCGCUCCCCCAUCGGGGCCUCCAACAUCAGGAUUUUCUGUUGGUUCAACUUACGACAUAACAAGGGGACACGCAGGAAGAGCUCCCCAGACACCCCUGAUGCCAUCGUUUUCCGCCCCUCCAGUCACAGGUGUUUUGCCAACUCCCAUUACUCAGCAAGCCAGUUUGACGUCUCUGGCCCAGGGAGCUGGCGCUCCAUCAGCCAUCACUUUUCCAGAGGAGCAGGAAGAUCCAAGGAUUAUUCACGUGCAGGAUGAAGCAUCUGCGGGUGGAAUUUGGGGGUUUAUUAAGGGUGUAGCUGGGAAUCCUAUGGUAAAAUCUGUACUUGAUAAAACAAAACACUCAGUAGAAACCAUGAUUACAACGUUGGACCCUGGCAUGGCUCCAUAUAUCAAAUCGGGAGGUGAAUUGGAUAUCGUAGUGACCUCAAAUAAAGAUGUAAAAGUUGCUGCCGUUCGGGAUGCCUUCCAGGAGGUCUUUGGCCUAGCAGUGGUUGUAGGGGAAGCUGGACAAUCCAGUAUUGCCCCUCAGCCGGUGGGCUAUGCAGCUGGCUUGAAAGGUGCGCAGGAGCGGAUAGAUAGCUUGCGUCGAAGUGGAGUGAUCCAUGAAAAACAGACUGCUGUAUCAGUAGAAAACUUCAUUGCAGAAUUGCUGCCGGACAAGUGGUUUGACAUUGGUUGUGUGAUAGUUGAGGAUCCUGUCCAUGGCAUUCAUCUAGAAACGUUUACACAGGCCACACCAAUACCUUUGGAAUUUGUACAGCAGGCUCAAAGUCUAACUCCCCAGGACUACAAUCUGAGAUGGUCAGGCCUCUUGGUGACGGUGGGCGAAGUCCUGGAAAAAAGUUUGGUGAACAUCAGCCGGACUGACUGGCACAUGGCUUUCACUGGCAUGUCUCGCCGACAGAUGAUCUACAGCGCGGCCAAGGCCAUAGCUGGCAUGUACAAGCAGCGCCUGCCACCCCGGCCUAUGUGAGAAGGCGCGAAGGCACAGCCAGACUCCACACUCGGGGCUCGAGAGGAGAGGAGGGAUCGGCCCUUCUCACGCCGCGAGUGUUGGUGUAGCUCACCAUUUUCAUAGUUUCCCUGUAGGCGCUGCUUUUUCUCUGUUCUAGAAGGGCCUGGUGUCAUUCCAGUAGACGGAAAAAGAUAGGUCCUUUUUAUGGAGCAUACAAUUUUACAUAUCAGUUCUCAAAGAAAAUAUAUAAAUAUUUUUAUAAGACAAUUUGAUACACCAAAUUUAUAAGGUACAACUUCUUGUGCUAUGUGACCUUUAACUUAAAUGAUAAAUACUUGAUUAUUUUGGUGUAAGACUUAACAUGUUUAUUGACUAUUCCUUAAAAGCUUUCUUUUCAUUCAUGUUUAAUCUCUGAAGGGGUAUAUGUGUGCACUGAUCUCAGGCCUGAUGCUCAACUUCAUGUUCAACUAGUGACCGCAAGAAGCCUGUGUUUCAAUGCGGAUUUGAACAUGGGCCAGACUAACAGAACUCAUCAUCUGUGGUCAUAUACACGCACAAGAGACUUUUGCUGCUUCACAGAUUUAUGCUGUGCACAGUGUAGCCUUGUGUUUUAUUCUUUCAUUGCAAUAUGGUAUCUAAGUGGAACAUGACUUAAACCAGAAGAAUGUUAUUUUCACAUAAUACUAUUCUGUACGUCCAUCAUUUCUGCUUACACUCAUUCUUCCCACUCAGAGAACUUUUUUGUAUCUCUUAUUUUAAAUAAGAUUAUUCAUAGUUUCCCAUAAGCGCUGCUUUUCUAAACUUAAGCCAUUCUGCCUUUCCUUUUUAUGAAAGUUUUCAGAGAAACUAUACUCAAUUUGUUUUAUUUAGUCCAUUAUAUUUAGUGAAAGCUUCUCCCUCACCCAUAAUAUAUUUUACCAUUAUGGGAUUGAUAAAAUCAGAAUUAGUUUGUCUAUUGAACUCUAUAUAUACGUUCAGAUAACUUUUUGAAGAAUUUCUUAUGAAGUGUAACUUAAUUUUUACUUACUAUUCCGUACAAUUCUUUGGAUGUAAAAGAACCUGCACAAUCUGAAAGUUUUAUUAAAGGUGUUGAGGCAUUUGUCCUGCACUCAUCAGUACAUGUAUGAUUUGCUGUUUAUUAUUUUUGAUUCAAGCAUUUGAUUUCUGCUAUUAACUUUGCUUAAGGAUGAGAAAAAAUAAAUCAGUCUCAUACUAUGGUUCAGUGAGACAAGUCAGCAGUUACUACGACCUAAUGGGGACAGAGACUUUCCUACCCGCAUGGUGUUUAUGGAGCUCUACGUCUGUGCUUUUUCCAUCUUUAAUGGCUAAGAAAAGCCUGUAUCUACCCUUUCCUACUGGUACUUUAUCAUGGUAUUCUCCUGCAAGGCAACCAGAGCAGUAGGCCCCAACUUAGAGUUUCUGGUAGUUUCCCUCAUUUAAAGGGAAUGUUGCAGCUCCUAAAAAUUCCACAUUUCAAUCUUUUUUCUUACAAACCUCAAAUGCCUUAUUUGAGAGUUGUUACCUUAUUUGAGAACUGUUUUCAUAGAACCACAAACAGUGGCACCCCACCAGGCUGCAGUUUCCUAGAAUCCCUAAAUAGCUAUGGUAGAGUUCUCUGGUUUGGUUGAAGCCAGCUCAUUUUCUGCACCUGGUCAUUUGGUAAGCCUUCUGCUCUUUGGAACAGUGUGAGUGGGUGAGGACUAGGAAAGCACAGAUGGAAAAGAAAACUACAUGAUCUGGUUCUGCUCUCUGAAUCUUUUUUUGGCCCACAGUUAUCUUUGAAAGGCGUCAGAGCAUGACUGAUUGCACAUUCUCUGUUUUCCCAGCCUCUACUUUUGUCAUACUUUGACUUCACCAUUGUCCAUGGGUGAGAAAAGUAACUCCUACGUAGUAACACUACAGCAGCUCUAGCCACCUUUGUGUGUGUGUCAUGGCUUUUGAC